CUUUCUUUUCUGUACGAUACUUAGAUCCUCCAAACCGUACAAUUAUUUUGUGAAAUCCAAGCAACCUUAGACAGCCAUAUAUAUAUGUGGGCUUGACUAAAAACCAAUCAUAUACAACAACCUAGCCAAAGACACAAACUUUGAUUGUGAAAGCUGAAUUCUGCAGUAGACAACACAUCAACUAAAUUCAGCUGUUCCUUCAUAACCUACCUAAUAUAUAUAAUCCUAGUACUUACCAUUUCACCUAGACAAGGUUGUUCUCGAGUUCUUUGAUAUAAUAAAGAUGGUUAAGGAAAGUAAACAGUCUGGAGGAUUGGAAUGGAGGAUUAAUGUCCCGAAUGAAACUGCUGCUAAAGUUUUAGUGUCUGAGUCAAAGUCUCAAAUACGAGUUUGCAAUGGAUUACGAGGUUUAAUAGUGGGGUUCAUGUCAAGAAUUUGGAAGUUUUUACAAAAGGCUUGGAGUUUAGCAGUUAGAGAGCCUAAGAAAGCUAUUCAUGGAGUUAAAGUAGGGGUGGCUCUUUCUAUUGUCUCACUCUUCUAUUACAUGCGGCCUUUGUAUGAUGGAGUCGGAGGGAAUGCUAUGUGGGCUGUUAUGACUGUUGUCGUGGUAUUCGAAUACACUGUGGGUGCUACACUCUGCAAAUGUGUGAAUAGGGCUAUUGGAACUUUCUUGGCCGGAGCACUAGGACUCGGAGUUCACUGGAUUGCAAAUCAGUCGGGAGAAAAAUUCAAACCCAUUAUUAUUGAAGUCUCGGUUUUCCUCUUAGCUGCUGCAGCAACCUUCUCUCGAUUCAUUCCAACGAUAAAAGCGCGAUUUGACUAUGGUGCCAUGAUCUUCAUCCUCACAUUUAGCCUUGUGUCAGUAUCAGGCUAUCGUGUGGAUGAAUUGUUCGAAUUGGCUCAUGAUAGAUUAUCCACAAUUGCCAUAGGGACCUCCCUUUGCAUCCUUACAACCAUGAUUUUCUGUCCUGUAUGGGCAGGAAAUGAACUUCACUAUCUUAUCACAAACAACAUGGAAAAAAUUGCUGAUUCCUUAAAUGGAUGUGUCGUAGAAUACUUCGGAAUCAAUGAAAAUGUAAAUAGCAAGGAUGAAGCUUCAGACAAAGUAUCACAGGGUUACAAAUGUGUGCUUAAUUCAAAGGCUACAGAAGAAGCCAUGGCUAAUUUUGCUAGGUGGGAGCCUGCACAUGGACGCUUUAACUUUCGACAUCCAUGGAAUGAGUACCUAAAAGUCGGGGCGUUACUGCGUAAAUGUGCUUACUGCAUUGAGACUCUUAAUGUCAGCACAAACUCAGACACAGAGGCACCUGUUAUCUUAAAGAAGCAUUUCAGCAAGUAUUGCAUAGGACUAAGCUCUAGUUCCUCGGACGUGUUAAAAGAAAUGGCGGUUAUUAUGAAUACAAUGACAAAAUCGACAAAGAUUGAUCUCAUGGUAAACGAGAUGAACGAUGCAGUACAAGAACUGCAAGGCGUGCUUAAGUCCUUAUCGAAACAACCAAUUAUUAGAGACUCUAAAAAUGGCACAGGAGGGGGAAAUAAAAGUAGUACUACCAUGGUACGUGUCAUGGAGAUAGUUCCAAUAGUUUCCAUUUCUACAUUGCUGAUAGAAAUUGCUGCAAGAAUAGAAAAGGGCGUAGAAGCCAUAAAUGAACUUGCCAACAAAGCGGAAUUUGAAGAAGGUACGAAGAAGUCGAAACAAAGCGAAAACCAACAGAAUUCAAGUUAGUUGUCUGUGAUCGUUUUUUAGCUUUGUAACUUCAGAUACAGUACAGUACAGAAGAUAAUCUAAUUCUGAAGAUACUAGGAGAAAUUUGAGCUAAUUAUAUGUGGAUCGUACUAAUUAGCAUCAAGAUAACCGCAGGGAUGGGAGAACAUUGUUCAUUAGAAGUCAGAAUUGUUCCAACUUUUGAUGUGGGAUACACACCA